CCUCCCUCACUCGCUCGCUCGCUCGCUCUCCUGCUCAGAGCUGCAGUAUAUGAGCGGGUCUCCUGGGUCUAGCUUCACCGCAGUGUAGAGAAGGGCAAGGCUGCUGUUUUAGUACAAUGCAAUGAAGGAUGGUGCACCAGGAGAAACGCAUUUACCAGGCUCAGAGGAAUGAGAGAGAGUCCAUCAGGCAGAAACUUGCCCUUGGCAGUUUCUAUGACGACGAGCCAGUCAUCUACACCAGCUGCAGUAAGAACGGCCAGUCCUCCCGACUGCAGAGUGGGGUGAACCUGCAGGUGUGUUUCGUGAAUGACAGCAGCAGUGACAAAGACAGCGAUGCCGAGGACAGCAGGACAGAGACAAGUUUGGACACACCACUAUCCCCCGUGAGCAAGCAGAGCUCAUCGUUAUCAGACCGAGACACGGCAGAGGAGGACUCAGACCCGUUGGAUGACUGCAGUGGGUUCUGGCGGGUGCAGCGGAGACUGCAGGAGGAGGCCCGGGUGGCGCUGGCUCUGGCUCGACCUAUGGCCCGCAUGCAGGUGGAGGUGGAGAGGCAAAUCCAACUGCACAGACGUUCACCUGUGGCUGACCUGCUUCCCCAUCUGCCUCACAUCAGCGAGUGCUUGAUGAAGAGGAAUCUGAGACGAGGGGACAUGAGGGAUAUGAGUCUAGGACAGCUGCAAGUCAUCACAAAUGACUUACACUCACAGAUCCAGAGCUUAAAUGAGGAGCUGGUGCAAUUGCUGCUGAUAAGAGAUGAGCUGCAUGUGGAGCAGGAUGCCAUGCUGGUGGACAUAGAAGACCUCACCAGGCACGCUCACAGCCAUCAACGGCACCAGGCAGAGAAAGCUAUGUCUAAAUAAACACACCCUGUCUACACUUGUGUUCAUCUGCACGCCAUCAUACCUCCUGCUCCAUGGACUGUCACCAGUGUUACUAAUAGACUUCAUCUGUGCUGUUUGUGGAGAGAAAAAUCCACAAUUUACUGUGAUAUUAACACACAAGCACACACAUAGUGUUAUGCACCACAGGAUGAAGGAAAGAGGACACCUUCUAUAAGAAGCCGAGUGAUCAGUGCUCUCUGUUUGGACAGGCUGUGUAGGCUGUUUACUCACCAAUGGGCACGCUCAAUCACACAUCAUUUCAUAGAAUCUUUUCCUUCAUAGCCUUGAUUUACCUCCUCAAGAUUUCGCACGGUGACUUGUAGGGGCCACACCUGUCUUCUUUAGUUUGUCUUUAUAAUAAUCAAGCUGAUUGAUCUAUUCAUCUUUAGACUACUGUUCACAUAUUACAUUUCUUUCACUAAAAGCACUGUGCCAUUGCUGUUUAACACUGGAAUUCACUAUUAGACAUAUAAAUAUAUACAGUGUGGGCUGUUGCAAUAAAAAAAUACAAAAGAGAGGACUUUGCAGGAUUGUUUAGACACAAAAGUAAAUGUAACUGAAUAGCUGCUAUAGGUUAAAACUGCUUUAAAGAUUGAUUAAGAGCUAAACUAUUGAAAUUUAUGGAGUUUUUGUAAUGUAAAAUGGAUCUAUCUACUUGGUAUAACAGACAAAAUGACAAAAUAUUGGUUAAAUAUUGAUAUUAGGAUAUAGGGCUAUAGAAAAAGUUGAAUGAAAGACAUGUUAAACACCUCCUAAAGAAUAAUAUGCAUCUGUUUGGUUAUGAUCAAUUUACUGAUGCCAAAAAUACCACCAACUAUAAUAUACUAAUCAUAGCCUCAACAUAUAUCUAUUUUAUCUGUUUAGAGACUGGAGCUUUAUAGGCGCACUGUAUGUAAUUGUUAAAAGAUACUUUAUUAAAAGGAUAAAGAACAUGCCUUGUUGGCAGUGUUUAAAUGUUUUCACUCGCACCUUUUUAAAAAUGUCACUUAUCACAAAAAUUAAACAUUCUUUUUUUAAUGUAUGCUUCAUGGUAACUGUACUGUGUACUGAUUGUAAAAAAAAAAAAAAGAGGAAAGAUCAUGUAAUAAAUGUUUCAAGUGUG